GAACGAAUGAAUGAAUAAAUAACAAAAUAAAGAAUUAAAAAAAAAAUUCAACAUCAGCAUGCCUCAUACCAGUCAUACGCGACAUACAGGCUCAUCUGGUGAUGAUUUGGGCAGCACCGAUGAGGUUAAGAUUUUCAAAGAUGAGGGUGAUCGUGAAGAUGAAAAAAUCUCCUCCGAAAACUUAUUGGUUGAGGAAAAAUCGAGCCUUAUCGACUUAACAGAAAGUGAGGAAAAAAGUGGUAAAAUAUCAUCACGGUCUGACCAUAGUCCGGUGUUUAGUAAAAUCGAGCCACAUGCAUCUAGCUUUAAUAUGGGUUAUCUAGUAUCGCCGUACACGUAUUCAAAUGGUGGCGCCGGGGGUCUGCCAGUAACGAUGGCAAACAAAAUUGGUCUGCCGCCGUUUUUCUGCCAUAAUGGUGAUCAUCUGACGACUCCUCCGCCUGCACACUGUGGUAUACCUCCCUAUCAGCUAGAUCCGAAAGCCAUGGGCUUGACGAGACCUGCAAUUUAUCCCUUUCCAUCUGGUCAAUAUCCUUAUCCUAUGUUAAGUCCGGAUAUGUCUCAAGUGGCAUCAUGGCAUACGCCUUCUGUAUAUUCAGCAGCAUCUAGUUUUAGAAGUCCUUACCCUAGCUCCCUACCCAUUAAUACCACAUUAUCCAGUGACUUUCCAUUCCGGUUUUCACCAAGCCUUUUGCCUUCAGUACACACUUCACCGCAUCAUGUGCUUAAUUCACAUCCUGCUAUUGUCACAUCAGGUCCAAAACAAGAAUGUAACCAGGAUACCUCAGCAAACCAUCGCUAUUCAAGGAAUCUGGAUAACAAAAAUUCAUCGAAUUUACAGGGAAACGAUAACUGCAAGGAUAACUCAUCGGAAAAAAAGAAACCACAUAUCAAAAAGCCUUUGAAUGCUUUCAUGUUAUACAUGAAGGAAAUGCGUGCCAAAGUAGUGGCUGAGUGCACACUAAAGGAAUCAGCUGCCAUCAAUCAAAUUUUGGGCAGACGGUGGCAUGAACUGUCCCGCGAAGAACAAAGUAAAUAUUAUGAAAAAGCUCGGCAAGAACGUCAGUUACACAUGGAAUUGUAUCCGGGGUGGAGUGCACGAGACAACUAUGGUUAUGUUUCGAAAAAGAAAAAGCGUAAAAAAGACAGAUCGCCCGCGGAUUCGGGAGAUUUAGGUAAUAAUAUGAAGAAAUGUCGAGCUCGUUUCGGUUUGGAUCAACAGAAUCAAUGGUGUAAGCCUUGCAGGCGCAAAAAGAAGUGCAUUCGUUAUAUGGAGUCAGUGGGUGCAACCUGUGGUAGUAGUACGAAAGAUGAUCACUUUAACGAUUUAGAUGAUGUGGACGGUCAGCGCAGUGAUGACGACGAUGAGGACGACAACGAACAUGACAAUUUGGGAAGUUGUGGCAGUGGUGACGACAACCACAAGGACCGAGAUGAUGACAACGAGUCUUUGAACCAAAGCUUGUCCAGUCCAGGUGACUUAAGUGGUUUAUCGAGCCUACAGAGUCCAUCUACAAGUUUAGCCAGCCCCUUAAGUCUGUUAACAAGUCCGGUUCUGCCACAGCAUGGCAACGGCCUGUUGAACACACCCGUGAGCGAACAGUUGCAACAGCACCAGCAGCAUAUGCAAGUGUUGCAAGCGCAGCAACAGCAUUUAAAUCAACAAUUACUGCAACAAACCAAAUUACAUCAUCAUCACCACCAGCAGCAACAACAACAGCAGCAGACAGGGCAUUUGCAGCAGCAUCAGUCGUUAGGAAUUGGCGGCUCCAAUUCAAAUGAGACCACGGUGUCUGCCUAUGAAAGUGGUAUAAUUAACGCUGCCUCAGGUGUAGUAUCCACGCUAUUACCUACGCUCUCUACCUCAACGUCGUCGGGUUCGGUGUCGGGAUAUGGAUCGGCGAGCUCAUGUUCCACCAACACAACAUCCACAUCUUCACCGGCCUCAUUAUCCGACCGUAUGGUACGCUCUUUGCUAAGCGGCAGUCCGGCCAUGUUGCUCGGCAAUCGUAUUGGUCACAUAGCCAUGGGCUUGGCCAUGUCUAAUAAUAGUAUAAGCAACAUUAACAGUAUUAGUAAUGACAACACUUAUAUAUCCUUAGGACUGGGAGCAGCAGCAAAUGCAAACGCAAACGAUUGCUCUGGUCUGUUGACAUCCGUACCAACAACCUCUACCACUAGCAGUCGAUCCUCAACAACAACAACUAGUCUUAAUCAUAUACGCUCUGAGAAUUCAGACAAAACCACCGCUUUAACAUCAACCCUAUCACCCUCAAUAUCAUCAGUAGCAUCGCCUGCAGCCUCUUCGCCGGUAGCCACCUCUGCUGCCACCGAUACUCUAAGUAUCGGCAGCAACAACAGUAGUCAUAUAUCGAUACCCUUACAAAGAAAUCCCAUCGGCGCCAAUCCCCGAGACAUCAACAACCCGCUCAGCAUCAAUCAGCUGACAAAAAGGCCACGAGACGGAACUAACGGCAUCACCAGCAAUAGUAGUGGUAGUAGUAGUAUUAAUAGCAACACUUGCACCUCAUUAGCCUCUCACGAGGCCCCGGGAUCCGGCCAUACUACUACAACCUCAGCAAAUGUGGUUUUCAAUCACAUACAAGGCACACAUCAUCCCACGCAAGCAGACACAUUACCACUACCCCCACCUCAUAAUGCCAUGUUUAGCAAUAAUUUCACCCAACAUUUCCAACAACAAUUCGGUCAUCAUUUGGUUACGGCGGCCGCGGCAGCCGCAGCCAAAGCAUCCGCGCCAGCAACUGUCACACAGUCUCUACGAACCAGCAGCAACAGUAAUAGCAAUGUUGCGUCUAGUGCCAUGUCGGUAAAUCUCGAUGUCGGUCGUCGGCCGACAAGUGAAACAACUGCAACGAAUGAAAGUGGUGCCAUAAGUGUAACAUAACCCCAAUUUAAUGUUACUUUCGCAUAGAAAAGCAACAAUUUAACGACAACUAUUGAUGAUGGUGUUAGUUUAUAAAUAUCUAGAUUUUUCAACAAAAAAAAACCAAAAA